AUGUCGUCAUCAGAGGGAAAGUGCCCAAUAGAUGAGAAGACUCGAGAGAUAUGGCUUGAAAAGGCACGAGCAGCAAAGGCCAAUAAAGCACUAUCACCAGAGCUAUUGAAGCACAUACAAAUUCAUGAUGGUAUCAAUCCGACAAUGCCCGAGGGAGACAAGACUGGGACAUCGUUUUCUUGGAUGAGCCUCUUCUGGGCGAAUCCAAGAGUUGAUGAUAAUUCUACAGACUUUAUAUCAAGGACGGAUGAGGUUUGUCCAGUGAGUGAUAAAGAUAAGAGGCUUUCAACAGUUACGGCGAAUUACGAAGCAGUGGAGAGUUGUUCAUCAGAAAACAUGAACGAGUUGGAGGCAGUGGAUGAACUGGACGUUUCAAAAGGAGAACUUUCUGAUCAAAGGCAGAUUUCUUCAAUCCCAAGAACUGGAGAGGACAGUAAUUGGAUAUAUCCGUCUCAGAAGCAGUUUUACAAGGCCAUGAAAAGAAAGCAGUGGGAGCCGGAGUCGGAGGAUAUGAAGACGGUAGUUCCAUUGCACAAUUUGGUGAAUGAAGUAGCUUGGGACUACAUACAGCAAUGGGAGGAAGGACAAGGAGGCCUCGAAUGUGGUGGUAUCAAGCUUACAUCAUUUAAGGGAAACUCACAUAAGUUGACACCAAGAGCAUUAUUUCGGCAUUAUGUGUUUGGACACGAAUUGCCAUUCGAUAGACAUGACUGGACUAUUGACCGUUGCGGAAAAAAUGUGGAUUAUGUGAUUGAUUUCUACUCUAAGACACAGGAGAAAGGAGCCGAGCCUACUUUCUAUCUAGAUGUUAGACCCAAGUUGAAUAGCGUGGAAGGAUGGAGACUCCGUGUAGUCAAGGCACUCGAGAGAAAAUAG